GGUGUGUGUUUCCCAGGAUUUCCCUUUGAAUCCCACUCCCGGAGAGGCCGGGACACCGCCUCACAUCUGUAUUGGUUGUCCUGAGAUGUUGGAUUUUGAAACUGACUUGUUUCGUAUGUGUCUAACACGAAACAAACUCAAGAGAAUGAAGCCUAAUAAAGGAAAGACGUUAACUAGAGAGAGAGACUAUGUGUACAAAUUCAGUGCUGGAAAUGAAGAUAUGGUGCUUACCGUGCCUCUCAAAUUCCCUGUGCAAGAGAAUAUCAGUCAUUUGCACGGACGUCUGAUGGUUCUGCACAACUUGCCAUGCUUUGUAGAAAAUGACCUGAAGCAAUCUCUCAGUAAAUUUGUAGAAGAGGAAACUAUAAAAGAUUAUGACAGAGAAGCUGAAGUGGCUCUGGAAGCAGUAAAAUCAGGAAAAGUAGACAUCAACCAGCUGGCAGAUACUUGGGCUAAAGCUUACAAAGAGACAACAUUAGAACACGCCAAACCUGAAGAAACCAGCUGGGAUGAAGAUUUUGCAGAUGUUUAUCAUGAUCUGAUCCAUUCUCCAGCUUCUGAAAUGCUGUUAAACCUGGAACACAAUUAUUUUGUUAGCAUCUCAGAAUUAAUAAGUGAAAGGGAUGUGGAACUGAAAAAACUACGUGAAAGGCAAGGAGCUGAAAUGGAUAAGGUGAUGCAGGAGCUUGGGAAGUCACUGACUGACCAGGAUGUGAAUUCCUUAGCAGCUCAGCAUUUUGAGUCUCAGCAGGAUUUGGAGAACAAAUGGACCAAUGAAUUGAAACAGACUACUGCUAUCCAGAAGCAGGAAUAUCAGGAAUGGGUGAUAAAGCUUCAUCAGGACCUAAAGAAUCCCAACAACAGCUCAGUCAGUGAUGAAAUUAAAGUUCAGCCCAGCCAGCUGAGGGAAUCUGUGGAAGGAAAUGGGAGAAUCUAUGAAGAGCAAAGGCUGCUAGAAGAAAGCUUUACUAUUCACUUAGGAGCUCAGCUGAAGACCAUGCACAACCUGAGGCUGCUGAGAGCUGAUAUGUUGGAUUUCUGCAAACACAAGCGCAAUCACCGCAGUGGGGUGAAGCUGCACAGGCUUCAGACUGCAAUGUCCCUCUACUCAACUUCCCUCUGUGGCCUGGUGUUACUGGUGGAUAACAGGAUCAGCUCAUACAGUGGAAUCAAAAGAGAUUUCGCAACUGUUUGCCAAGAAUGCACGGAUUUCCAUUUUCCUGGAAUCCAAGAACAACUUGAAAUUGUCCAGAAGGUUGUACUUAAGGCCAGAGCACAGCGUAGCAGCAAGACAAAAAGACACCACGAAAACAAAAUCAAUGGGAAUGAAGAUAAAUUAAAGAAUAUUGAACGAAACCAGUCGAACAUUUUGCCGGGAGAGUUCUACAUCACACGGCACUCAAACCUCUCAGAGAUCCACGUUGCAUUUCACCUGUGUGUGGAUGACAACGUCCGCUCUGUGAACGUGACCGCUCGGGACCCGGCCAUCAUGGGGCUCAGGAACAUCCUCAAGGUCUGCUGCACACACGACAUCACCACCAUCAGCAUUCCCCUCCUGCUGGUGCAUGAAAUGUCUGAAGAGAUGACCAUUCCAUGGUGUCUGAAGAGAGCAGAACUCGUGUUCAAGUGUGUCAAAGGUUUCAUGAUGGAAAUGGCCUCGUGGGAUGGAGGAAUUUCUCGGACUGUACAAUUCCUGGUACCACAGACAAUUUCUGAAGAAAUGUUUUACCAGCUGAGUAACAUGCUGCCACAGAUCUUCAGAGUAUCCUCCACACCGACUCUCACCUCCAAGCACUGAUUUCUGUGGGGCACUAACCUGUAUCCUGUUGGUGAGGAUGAAAUUAAGGAGAUUCUGGACUAGGAAGUCUCUUUCCAGUGUACUGGUGACCCCAAAGUGGCAUUUGUUGCAAUUUCAAGAAUGGUGUUGUAAUAAACGAUAAAUGUUGUCUGUA